AUGGCUGAUGCACAAUUUGAUAGCGCACUCGACCUCCUUCGGCGCCUGAAUCCCCGUGAUACUAAGGCUAACCUGCAAGCGAUCACCACAAUUGUUCCCGACCUGACCGAGGAUCUCCUUUCUUCUGUUGAUCAACCUCUGGAGAUUCGCCGGUGCCCUCAGACCAGCCGCGACUACUUGCUCUGCGACUACAACCGUGACGGUGACAGCUACCGUUCACCAUGGAGCAAUGAAUUUGAUCCACCACUCGAGGACGGAACAGUUCCCAGUGAGCGAGUGCGCAAGCUUGAAGUUGCUGCAAAUGAGGCCUUUGAUGUGUAUCGCGAACUCUACUAUGAGGGUGGCGUAGGGAGUGUGUACUUUUGGGAUUUGGACGAUGGAUUUGCUGGUGUUAUUCUGCUCAAGAAGGGGGUUACUCCAGGCUCUCAGAGCUCCGGCGAAUGGGACAGCAUUCACGUAUUCGAGGCCACCGAUCGUGCACGCAUGUCCCACUAUAAAUUGACCAGUACUGUGAUCCUUCACCUGGCCAGCGAGAGCCAGUCUCUGGGUGAGAUGGACCUAAGUGGCAACAUGACCCGGCAAGUGGAGGUUGAUCUGCCCGUGGAGUCCGAUGCCAGCCAUGUCGCCAAUGUUGGUCGGCUUGUUGAAGAUAUGGAAUUGAAGAUGCGGAACUUGCUGCAGGAGGUCUACUUUGGUAAGGCUAAGGACGUUGUGGGAGAACUUCGGAGUCUGGCACCACUCUCGGACGCCAACCGGGACCGCGCAACACAGCUGGAGAUGAUCAAGUCUAUGCAGAAGUAG